UCUACCCUGUUUAUUUAUUCAUGCAUGAACGUAUCCAGUCAUUGUGACCAACAAAUAAAGAUGACUGUUAUAUUUCAUUAUUUGGAGAUUUAAUAUUAUAUAAUGUAUUGCUUAUUGCUUAGUAUCUAAAAGGACCCUGACUAAACAAUCUUCGGGAACAUGACAUCGAUGUCAUAUAUUGUUUAGGAACAUACAUUACCACAAUGGACGAAUUAGAGGACACAUCUGUUGCCUUCAAACCGAGGCGCCAGGUAACAUCAAAUAUAUCGGCUGGUUCGGCGUCGGAAGAUGGAGACUAUAAAGCCCUAAAUGCAAAAAGAAAGCUUCUGGCAGGAAAUAGACAAAGCUUUGAUAUUACAAUUAUUGAAGACUCUGAAACGCCAACAGAAAAUGCACCUCACACUCCGAGUUUGAUACGAAAAUCAUCCAUUUUAGACACACAGUAUGAAGAAUUCAGGAAUAAAUUAUUUCAUUCUGUAACUACCGGUAAUGUUGGUGAAGUUUCACAGUCAUUGACGUCACUUCCUGCUGCUGUGUCAGUAGCAGACGACUACCUUCGGGAACCAGUCACUGACAAAAACAUCCUUCAUGUCGCUCUGGAAAACAAACACAGUGAAUUGGCAAAACAUAUCAUUGAAAACUGUACCGUAGAUAUACUAAAACAGCGUUACAAAGGUGAAAAGGAUUACAAAACCGCCUUGCAUUUAAUAACUGAGAGCAAUGAUUAUGGGCUCGCUAAACUUUUGCUUGAAAAGCUUCGAACUAAAGAAGCUAAAAUUGAUGCAAUCAAAGCUGAAACAACCGUUGAGGUUGUAGGUCAACGUCCAAGAAGUCUUUCCUCUUUUCAUUUGGCUGCAUUCUUAGGUCUUACCGGUCUCGUUAGAUUGUACGUUGAGACAGGAAUGGAUAUUAACUUUAGAAAUUCAAAACGAGACACAGCUCUUUUGUGGGCAUCGCGAUGGGGUCACUUGGAAACUGUUAGCUAUUUAUUGGAUCUAAAAGCUGACUGUAUGCUCGAGAAUGAUAAAAAUUCUACAGCUCUACACUGGGCUGUACGAUAUGAACAUAUUGAUGUUGUGCGUUUUCUUUUAACCAAAGGUAAAGCGGAUGCAAACAAAGAAAGAUUGCAAGGUUUGGUUGUCCCAAUAGUACUGGCUGCUGCUUUAGGAAAUGUUAGAAUUACUGAAAUUUUACUUGAGAAUGGUGCAAAUCCAAAUCACAUGAUACGUAGCGGAGAAACACCACUCCAUGUUGCGUCUAAAGAAGGCAAUGCAUCAGUUAUAGACGUUUUAAUUCAUCACAAAGCAGACGUGGACCGCCAAGAUGACAACGGGAACACUCCACUUAUCAAUGCUGCGGCAAACGAUCAUAUUAAAUGUAUCGAUCUGCUUAUGAAAGCAGGUGCCGAUGCGACAGUAAAAAACCAUAUGGGAUACGAUUCCUGGCAUUUUGCAUUACAAAGUGAAAAUGAUGAAGUCUUACAGAUAGUGUGUAAACAUGCCAGAAACUUUAAAAUUCCGCACUUAACAGCCGCAAAAUUAGGCAGAGAUCACAAAAUUAAUGUUUUAUUUAAAUCUGGCUUCAACAUUAAAGAGGUGGACGACGACAACAAUUCCCUCGUGCACUAUGCUUCCUGUUUUGAUCAACAUCAUGUCAUAGCGGAAUUUCAUUCUAAGGUCGACAUAAAUAGGGUCAACAAAAAAGGAAAUACUGCACUACAUAUCGCUUGCUUGAAAGGACACAUCCAGUCUAUACAAGCGCUAAUAGAUGUAAAAGCUAAGGCCGAUAUAGAAAAUAAAGAUGGUCAAAUCGCUUUACAUGUGGCUGCAACAAGUCCAAAUACGACACCGGAAAUUGCAAAAAUAUUAGUUGAAUACACCAUAAAAUCACAUGCAUGGGAAUGUCUAAACUCUGUUGACAAAAAUCGAGAUAAUGCACUACAUCUCGCAGCCGAAAACGCUCAGCCAGACGUUCUUUGGGAAUUCAGAUUUGUACGUUUCAAAGACGUUGAUCACAAAGGACACACACCAUUGCACGAUGCCGUAAGAAAAGGUCACCCUGAAGUUCUGGAAACCAUGUUGGAUAUUUUUGAAUCGAUGCAACGUGAUGCGGAUAUCAAUACGCCAAAUAGUCGAAAAGAAACGGUUUUGCAUUUUGUAGCUUCAGAGGGAUUUCAGCAAAGCGUAAGUCGCAUCAUUUUCCUCGGAGGUGAUUUGGCUGCACAAGACAUCAAUGGAAAUACCGUUCUUCAUCGUUUAGUUCUUGAGUCUACGAUCCGAGCCAAUUGUAAUUCCAACCCGAUUGAAAUGCUGGACACUGUUUUAAACAGUGUUGUCCGGUGGUGGUGUAUGCGUAAUGGUUGUCAAAUACCGAAUCAAGCAGACGACAAUUAUUUGAAAUACAGACGUGAUGCUCUCUUUCACUUACUAUAUGAUGUAAAGAACGAAAAACGCUUGUGUGUCCUUGGGUUGGCUUGUUAUCAAGCAGCUCACGGAAUUCUAUCAGAGUUGAUGCGGAUAGAAGGUGUCACUUCAUUCCGAGAAGAAAAUUCUACCCUGUAUGAUGUGACAUAUUUCACACCAAAGACAGGUCUUUCACAGAAGAAACCUUUAUUUGGUAGAUUAUCACAAGUAGAUCAAUCACCAGCAACUUUACCAGACUCAGCUAGGAAGGUAUCUCGUGGAAGUAAAAAGUCAAAAUUUUUCUUACAGAAACUCGUUACUCAUCCUGAUAAACAAAAUAGUGCCCGGGUAUUAGAUAUUCCACCACUAAAGAAAAUGGAGGAAAUGUUCAAAACAAUUUGUAUGGUUACAUAUCUUACAAUGAUGGCCUUGCACAUCGUGUACAUGAGUGUUUUCAGUUACGCCAGCAUUACCGCUCUUGGAAUUCUCAGAAACAAUACAGAUGUACCGCAUACGGAUCUAAUUCUAGUUUAUAUUUGGGUACCUCUGGAGCCAUUAGUUUUUCUGUUGUACAUUUCAAUUUCUGUUGUUAGAACGAUUAAACGUGGAGAUAGACUUAAGUCGUUAUCAUGGAAAGUGAUUAUUAUAUUUCUUAUUUUUUCCAUUUUGACAAUCAUAUGGGUCAUUCUCAUAGGCGUUAGAAAUAAAAACAACGAUUAUGUGCUUGCUGUGGUCCUAUGUUUUGGAUGGUUGUCAACCGUCGCAUUCACAGGUGGCAUAAAAGGAAUUCAUUAUUUCUGGCGCAUGCUGAAAAAUAUGAUAGUGAGGGACAUCUUCCGGUUCGUGGUAUUCUACGCAAUAGUUUUAUUUGCAUUUUCAUUUGCAUUUCACGCCGUGUUCCAAAUAUCCCAAACAAUUGUAGAUACCUAUCCGACACCAGGAGAUACAUUAUUCAUGGUAUUUAAUUUAAUGAUCGGAAUGGCAGAACUAUUUGAUGAUGUUUACCAAAAUGGAAUGGAAUCUGUUGGCAGAUCUACCACAUAUAGCAAGGUUCUCUAUAUGUUUUACAUUGUAUUAUCAACUAUCAUUCUUUUGAACCUUCUUAUAGCCAUGAUGAAUGACUCAUACUCAAGCAUUUUAGCUCAAGAGAGAGUGAUUUGGCGAAUAGACGCCGUUGAUAUAGGAAUGAAACUCGAAAAGACAGUCCCUUGGCUUACCGACCCUUUCAAAUGGCUCCAUAAAAGGACUGUCGGGGAGGAAACCCCUGACAAUAUUAGCGAGCGUUGGUACGUCCAAGUCAUAGAUGGUGAGAUGGAAACAAUGGAGAAAAAACACGAAACUUCGAUGGCUGAAUAUAUAAAAAUUGAACUCGAUCAACAAGUUAAAAGCAUAGAUAAACGUGUAACCGGACUUGCAAAAAAUGUAAAAGAGACACAUAGAAAAUUAGAAGAAACAGCAUGUAAACUGGAUAAGAUUAUUGACUAUUUUUCUCGAAAAAAAGAAAAGAAAGAAAGAAAAAAGAAAAAACAAGCUGACAGUUAAUCUGUCAUGUUACAUUAGCCAGAUGUUAAUUGUUAUUCAAUGAUAUAUAUAUAGGUUAUAUUAUUUCUGAGGUAAUAUUAUUAAAAUUCAAAACAAAAUAAAUAUAUAAGCUCAUACUAUAA